AUGAACAUGGAGAAGAAAAAGAAGGAGGGAUUGCGCAAAAGAGAGCAGAAUUGGCUACAAUCGGGCCUCUCAAAGAAUCCACCGACGAACCCGAAAAUCCGCGCUCACCUUUUUGAUCCAGCUGUCUGGGAGCGCUUUGUUAUGCAGCGUAAAAACGGACUGAUACUACAACCACGCCAAGAAUACUUCGUACUACUCACAGAGCGACUGAACGAUGCCUUCUGA